UAUAUCAUUUCCUUUUUCCUUUGAAAACUUUGGUCUUCAUCCUUCAAUGGCGUCUCUUUUCACGCUCAACUCACUAACUCUUCACUCCUCUUCUCCUUUCAGAGGCGACAUCUCUAAAUUAAGACCGAACCCAUCUCCCUUCUUUAAUAUCUCGCUCCAAGUCAAACACCAUCAAAACAAAGCUUCAUUCACCGUCCUCAAUCAAGCUGCUGCAACAGCGGCACCUCCUGUUUCGGUUUCAGGUCCGGUUACAAACGUCCGGUUCCGCCUUGACAACCUUGGGCCGCAACCGGGUUCGAGAAAGAGAGGGAAGAGAAAGGGAAGAGGGAUAUCAGCUGGGCAAGGGGGCAGUUGUGGGUUUGGAAUGAGAGGUCAAAAGUCAAGGUCUGGUCCUGGUGUUAGAAAAGGCUUUGAAGGUGGUCAAAUGCCGCUUUAUCGUCGGAUUCCCAAACUUCGGGGAAUUGCUGGAGGUAUGCAUGCCGGGUUACCUAAAUAUGUCCCAGUUAACUUGAAAGACAUAGAUGCCGCAGGAUUUCAGGAAGGUGAUGAGGUUUCACUGGAGAGUUUGAAGAAGAAGGGUUUGAUCAAUCCCUCAGGAAGAGAAAGGAGACUCCCUUUGAAGAUUCUUGGUGAUGGGGAAUUAAGUGUGAAGCUGAACUUCAAGGCUCGUGCCUACUCAGCAGCAGCAAAAGAGAAGCUUGAGGCUGCUGGCUGUUCCCUUACAGUGUUACCUGGUCGUAAGAAGUGGGUAAAACCAUCAGUUGCUAAGAAUCUUGCCCGAGCUGAAGAAUACUUUGCCAAGAAGAAAGCUGCUGCAGCUGCUUCUGAACCAUCGUCAGCUUGAACCACUUGCCAAUCAAAGUUAUAACUUUGAAUGUCUAAAUAGAGCCAUUGUAGGGUGUUCAAUUCUUUUCUUCUGUACUUUCAGGUUUUUUGAGAGGGAAUUAAAGGUGAAGAGGGUAUCACAAAGCGUAAUUUCUUGUAACACUUUCUUCUACAUCUUUAUAGUGUUUUGUUAACAAAAUGUAAUACGAUAAUCUGAUCUUCGACAAAACAUAACAAAGAUGUUGGAUAUAAACAUUUCAUGUUAUUUGGGAAUAAUAAGAGAAUAUCUAUUGAAUAA